UCCAGAUCAAGAGCUCCUGUUCGUGCAUGGGCUUGUCGGGCCUAUGGUGGAAUGGUCGCUUGGGCUUUUGCUAUAUACCGCGAUGGUCGCGGUGCGUUCCUUGAGCCCACACUCGUAGGUACACUGUUUCACAACAAACACCAUGGUCCAACACACCGGUUGCGUAACAUCUAUCGAUGCACUUUCUACAGUAGAGCCUGACUUCAUCGUCAUUGGAGGCGGUAUUGGUGGGCUGGUGGUCGCAAACCGCCUGACCGAGGAUGCGGACAAGAAGGUGCUGUUGAUCGAGGCUGGGGCCAAUCGUCAAGGAGACCCCAAGAUCGACACGGUCGGUAUGCUGUCAACACUCUAUGGAGACCCCAAUUAUGACUGGGACUUUAUGUCUGAGCCUCAGACGCAUGUCAACGGUCGGCAGAUCCCGCAUCCACGAGGAAAGGUUCUCGGUGGGUCUUCAGCAAUCAACUUUGGCGCAACUGUGUAUCCGUCAAAAGCCAACUUUGAAGCCUGGAAAGCAUUAGGCAAUGAGGGUUGGGAUGCUGCCGGCAUCGCGCCAUACCUUCGCAAGUUCAGUCGCUUCACACCACCGAGUGCGGAAACGAAAGAACUCCUCAACAUAGACUACAUCAAUGAGGAGCUGCAUGGCAAGGAUGGUCCUGUUCCGGUCACGAUUCCGGAUGUGUAUGGACCGUUUCAGGCGUCGUGGGCCAAGACUCUGGACAAGAUGGGCUGGUGCAAUACGGAUGAUCCUAUCGAAGGCGAGAAGCUCGGUACAUUUGCGUGCGGACUGUCCCUCGAUGCGGAGACGAAAACUCGCGGUUAUGCUGCGUCGGCAUACUACACCCCGGACGUUGCGAAGAGAUCGAAUCUCGAAGUCUUGACAGAAGCAUUCGUCGAAAAGAUAUUGACGAAGGGCUCCGACAGCUCUGUAGAGGCGAUCGGUGUAAAGAUCCGGACAAAGGAUGGGUCGACCCACGACGUCAGGGCGAAGAGAGAAGUUAUCCUUUCUGCAGGUGCUAUCCAGUCACCGCAAAUCCUUGAGCUUUCCGGAAUCGGCCAAAAAGAACUUCUUGAGAAGCAUGGCAUACCGGUAGUUCUCGAGAGCCCUGGUGUGGGCGAGAACCUCCAGGACCAUGCCAUUUCCGCCCCGUCCUUCGAGGUUGCCGACGAUCAACUCUCUGGAGACAUCAUGCGCGAUCCGAAUAUCGUGCAAGCCGUGUUGCAACAAUACAUGACUACCAAGACCGGCCCGCUCGUCGGUAUCCCAAUCAGCUUGACCAUGCUUCCACUCGUCGACUCCAAUGGUCGCAUCAGCCACGAAGAAAUUGCGAAAUUGACAAAGGAAUAUAUCAACGACAAGGAACUGCCCCUCUGGCAGAAGAAGCAGUACGAGCAGCUUGAGAAGCAGAUCCUAGGCCCCAAGGAAGCAGCUGGAUACGCGAUGAUGCUGCCACUGCAGCUGAACAUCUCCUCCGGCGCCACACAGAUGAACGCACUGCUUGCACCUACCCACCCCAACAAUUUCAUCACCAUCAUGGCAGUCAACAAUCAUCCCUUCUCACGUGGCUUCUGCCACAUCAGAUCCGCGGAUCCAAAGGAGAAGCCCAUCCUGGACCCCCGAUACCUUUCUCAUCCAUUGGACCUGGAGAUCCUCGCCCGGUACACGCAAUACAUCGAGACCAUUGUCAAGACCGAGCCGUUCGCUUCUCUACUCAAGCCGAGCGGGCGCUUACCCGAGGGCAAGGAAGCCAAGGAUUUGGAUACCGCUAAGGAAAUCGUCAAGGAGCGACUAUUGAGCACCUUCCAUCCUACGGGCACGUGUGCAAUGAUGCCGCGGGAACUGAAUGGCGUUGUCGAUAGCAGGUUAAAGGUGUAUGGAACGAAGAAUCUGAGGGUCGUGGACGCGUCGAUCUUUCCAAUGGAGACGCUGGGGAAUAUUCAGGCAACGGUGUAUGCGGUGGCGGAGAAGGCGGCGGACCUUAUCAAGGAGGAUUGGAGGAAGUGAUGGUGGUCUGUGA